AAAAAAUUGUUCGGUAUUCUGGUCUGGUUUUUGAUCAGCGGAUUGUUGUCCUCGAGUCUAUUUCAUCCUUACUAAACCUUGUCUUCUUGUUAUCACAUUUUCAUAUAUCCACCAGUCACCCACCAAUUAGCUCACAAAAAUGAGUCACGCUGUCGCUGGCGACACCGAUACAACAAAAGGCUCUGAAAUGACGGCUGGUGUGAAACUAAAUCAGCUAGGUCUGAAAAUGCAGACGACACCAGAAAUCAACGAGGAGCGGAAGCAGUCCCGCAAGAAGUACGCUGCUGAGCUAGACGAGCAAGUCUCAAAACGGAACACGCCACGGACGGACCCGAGCAACCGGAAGCGAGUGGGGGUACAUUGACACUUAGACUUACUUAGUUAGUUACAUGUUGAGGAUAAUGAAUUUAGACAUUUCUUGAGUUGUCGUUUUUUCAUUUGAAACAAACUGAAUGGUUCAUACAAUGUUCUCCCCAGACUACGCCGCCUAGUGCUGGAAGCAAGAUAGGCGUUGCUCCUACGAGCGCCGAUUCGGGGUCGAAGCCACGUCGAGAAGAGUCAGAUCUAGCUACCGCUUCAAACAGAGCCACGACUCCACCGAAAAUUGAGCCAACCGGUAUUUCCUCUUCAUCGAGCGCGACUAGCUUUCUGAAAAUUCCGGGAUGUCGCUUGCCGACACCUAGUACCAUCGUUAGGCCUACGCCUAGAAGUGGUAGCACUAACCGCGCUCGCAGUGUCGUUUUAGGCCCCCUUGCGCAGGUACCGCAGUUGCGUCAACCAUCGGCUCGACUUGCCAGAUCACCAGCGACGACGGGCAAGAUUGCUAACAAGUUUUCAUUGAUUUUCAGAAACGAGGAAAGGAAUGAUCAGGGUGAAGAUCAUUUAUUUGCAAUGGACGGACCGCAAGCACAUGAAAGCGGGGUUGAGCAAGAAGGGCAAGACGCGGAGACAAACAGUAGUUGCACAACAGCAUCACCGAGUCUACUGUUCACGUUGCAAUCUGGAGCACGACGACCACUAGUCGAGCAACAAAAGAGGAAUGAAUUGUCCUCGAUAAUCGCGCCUCGUCGACUGGAUCUCGCGACUCCCUUCUCGCCUCUCUCGCCCUCACGAAAAGCCGGGAGAUCUAUUCUGGAUAAUACAGGAAAAGAAGAUAGAAGUGCUACGACCUUUCAAAGACCAGGGCUCUCGCCUGGUGGUAGUAAGAGAAUGCUCGAUCUUCAUGCACAGACCAAAAACCUGAGCGGAGGAGCUUCAUUGCUGUUGCCUGUCGCGCGCACUAUCAGUUUACUGUCACUAGGCACGCCGCGGAUAGAGAGCGGUGCUCACUCCCUGGAGACACCGCGUCUAACGGCACACAAGUCCCCAGUAUUUUCGUCCGGUAUGAAGUCCGCGAGCGCUGCUCGGACCGCAAACGUCGAAAGAAAAAGUGGAGAACCAGAGCAACUCAAGUUAUGCUGCCUGAUAUAUGCACUCCCAUUCCUGCUUUGGCAAUCCCUCAAGGCUUACCCACUAUACUCAUGUUGUAUUGCCAUUUUCGUAGAGUUUUUUUAGGUACUAGAUACGCUACGGUAUUCACGCACCCUCUAACUCUGAUAAACAAGAUUCAGCGUAUUCCUAGUGCAGUAUGCAGCUUAGCACCGAGGCUGUCGAAGCGUGUGCGACCUGAACGUGGUAAAGUUAGAUCGCCAGUGAAGAAAGCUCUGCAGAAUAAGGCGCAAAUCAACCAAGAGCAUCAAAAAAGUGUCAAAAGAAGCGCUGCUGAAGUGCAUGUUCCGUCUCGGUACCUGAACCACUUUGCGAGGAGCUCUGCGACCUCUGUCACUCCUGACGCGAACCCUUUUUCUGGUAGCUACCAGCAAAAACAAGACACCAAGACGAAAGUUAGUAGCACAAGGAGACGCAGACUCGCGCUCGCCUCUAAUCGGAAACAUCCGCUCAAGAAAAAUGCAUCUUCUCGGGAUGCUGGAGCUACGAGAAAUCAUGCCUUCGACGAGAAAAAAUUGAAAUGCACCGAAGUUGGGGAUGGCGUCAACAUCGAUACCAAUGAUCACGGGGUAAGCCACUCAACUGCAACGUGCCUCUUAUGGUCUGACACGACUGCUACGACGCGGUCUCCUGGAUCGGGUAUCACUGACGAAACACUGUCGGAUCCGCCACAGAACGUCUCUCCUGCACCGAGUCUGACGUUUGCGCCGGUCAAUUCCUUAAUGAGCACGCCACGAGUAGGACAGACGCCGUCAAUUUUUGAGCAUUCAGCUCGAAAGAUGUAUUUCAAUGCUAGAAAUGCAGCAGCGAUCGGAGGUGCUGCAGACUGUACAACUACUCCUGGGCUUUCCGCAACAUUACUUGACGAGGAUGGUAAUCCUAUGCCCACGAUGACUCCUCGUACAGAAGUGACGCAAUCGACUGACGUUUUGCUUCGCAAUGCAAAUGGAACGCCUACUCUCUCUGUAGGCAGAGUCCUCCAACCUGCUGAGUCUUUACUCGCGGAUGCUGUACCUGAAGAUGAGGCUGUUCUUGCGGGAGCUGAUGGCAAGAGUGUCGGCAAUGACGCCAUGGCUCCGUCUAUGUCGAUUUUGUACAGUCCGUGUUCUGCUGCUUUUCCGAUGCUGAUGCCACGAGGUAUUAAAGGAAGUUCGCCGAGUAGAAUCGGACUUCGAACAGACACUGCUGCAACAAACUACAAGGGUGAUGGAAUUCUUGUCGAAGAAGAGGUUAUGGACGACUAUGGUGCUAACGAUCCUGCUCCCUGUACACCGCGUGCUGGAUCAGCAACGGUAGAAGUUGGCAAGAAGAAAAGCACAAGUUACAGUUGUGGAACGCACAAGAAUCCGGAGGCCUCUUUGGAAUUUCUUGUUGUGCGUGCAUCGCCGCCGCGCCCACAUCUAGCGCCAGACGAGAUUUACACGAAUCAUCGAGGCGAACAAUGGCAUUCCGAUCCGAAGUGGCGGUCCAAGGAUGCUGAUGCUCCCUCGCCUGCGAAGGCGCAAAGGCAUUUGGUAAAUGCCUUUGAUCUGAAACUACACGCUGACAACACAUCCGUGAGUACGAGUGUUCCGUCCAAGACCGCGAAGCAACGAGUGCCGGUGGAAUAUGCGCCGCCGAUGAUGGUACGUGAAGUGCUGCUAUCCGAGGAUAGCUCACCGACUCGCCAUCAGCUCUCAAUGAGCGAAACCGGUAGAGAUCAGUCACAUAAUACGACUACACCGCUUUUCGAUUUGUACGGAGACUUAGAGGGGCAGCUAGCUGGCAGCAUUGGGGAGCUCAGGCAUCAAAUAUCUUAGGGCAAAAUCUCUGAAAAUCUACGUUUGAACAAAGCAAUUUUUUACCCAUGCAUGCUAUUCAUCUUUUCAUGUCUUUAAGAGGUCGAACAUCUACUUACCAAUACCAUUAUCGUACUAGGACUACGCAGGUAACAACACAGCAUAACGCAUAGACCUCGAGUUACAUCACUCGAUGUCCUAGCUUUUCCUAUGAUAUCGUGUCUAAGAGUUGCGGCUUCGCGGUGAGCUCGUUGUCUUGCAGGAACAGCAACAGCAGUCUACUGCGCGCACAGCGCAGCUCGAAUCCCGAGAGCUGCGCCUGAUGGCCGAAAUCGAAGCUCUGCAGCAGGCUGAGAAAAGCGUGGGCCUUGCGGGAGGCGUCUCUUACUCGCAAGCACAGCAGCCGAGUAAGGUGGAAGACGAGCAUGACAAGACUUUGACAUUGGUAGUAGACGGAAAUCGCGUCGUAGGCCUGGAGUCCAUUGGAAACACACCCAGUCUCAAGAUUUCGGUUCCGUUUGUCAAGCCUGUAGACGAAGAUGAAGAUCCAUGUUCAGACGAGGCAGCAUUCGAGGACCUUUCUCCAUCACAAAGUAUUCUCCGAUACGCUGCUUUUCCGAGGGACGCUGUUGAGCGAGCUGAAGAGAAUGCCCAGGUUUCUUCGUUGGAGAAAAAUAGUAGGAAGCCUAUCUUUUUCCUGUUCCGAAAUCGUGGGAGAGUAGCGUGUGGUGUAGCUGUGCUUUCGUCUGCUUUCUUCGCAGCGGUUCUUAUUGUAAACAUCCAUUUGGCGGCUGAGGCAUUUCUUGCCGGGGAUAUUUUUAUUCUGUGA